AUGAAACGACGUCGUAACGAAACAUCAUUUGACCGAAACCGUCUCCUACCUCCCACAGCAAAACCAAAACAAAACAGUCUUUUGCACUCUGCAAGAGAAUUUUCCAAGAAUCCUUACAGUUACAGAUCUGCGAUUUUCUUGACUCAAAUUCAAUCCGACAUGGAAGCCGAGAAGAAGACAGAAUCAACCAAUACUAAGAACGUUAAGAAGGUUAACCUUUUAGAUCACAACUCUGUCAAACACAUCCUCGACGAAUCCGUCUCCGAGAUCGUUACGAGCCGAGGUUACAAGGAAGAUGUGAGGUUAAGCAACCUUAAAUUGAUGUUAGGAGCGAUUAUUAUCGUCGUUGCUCUUGUUGCUCAGUUCUACAAGAAGAAGUUUCCUGAGAACAGAGACUUUUUGAUCUAUGUGGUGUUGAGUGCGGUAAUGCAGCUGAUUAUGUACACUAUGGAGAAGAAUGCAAUAUUGUUCACUUAUCCUCUUGAGGGAUCAUUCACCAGCACUGGUUUGGUGGUAUCUUCCAAGUUACCAAGAUUCUCUGAUCAGUACACUCUCAGAAUCGAAAGUGCUGAUCCGAAAUCAAUCUCAGCUGGGAAGCCAGUCCAGCUUACUAAAGAUGGAGUUCUUGUUGAGGGUUUAUUCUGGAAAGAUGUUGAAGCCUUAAUCAGAGAGUACACAGGAGCAGAAGAACCAAAGAAGAAGAGGUGA